CUUUUACGACCGUUAGCCGCAAUGCUCUUUUAUUCGGAAACUACAAAUAUGAGCGCGCUCUGGUGCUGGUCUGGUCAUGGCGUCCUCUCUCCUCGAUAUUCCCCCUGAACUUAUACGAAAAAUCAUCUUCUUGGCUGAUGCGCCUCUCGGAAUUCCUUCUAUUUUCCAACCUCUGUUACUCACGUGCCGUUACACAUACUCCAUCCUCAGCGCACCAGAAACUUACUCGCAGCUUUUCGUGACACAUUUCGACGUUCCACCUCCUUCAGUUGUCGAUGAGACCACUUUUCGACAGCAUGCCAAAUGCGAAAUGGUUCGCAGAUACAUUACUCUUCGAACACUCCACCAGGGUCAGGUUGAUAGCGAAAACGUGUUGGACGUGCUCUGGUGUGCGCUCUCCAUGUUCGGCUACUCCGCCGUAGGCCAGAAAAACAUCAAGCUCCUGUUGCAAGCUGGUGUAUCUGAGUUUCUGAUAUCGUUUAUCGUUUCCCGACUUUAUGAUGCUUCCGGGGACAAUGACGGCUGGCCGAUUGAAAAUGAAGCAAACUGUUUGGCCGUACUGUUGCUGUGGGUCUCAACUUCUCGAUUCAUGAUUGACGGUGAAAACCCCGCUACGCGACGAACGUUGAUGAAUUGUCUUCGACCCUUAGUGUUUGCUCCAUAUCGUUACUCUAUUUCGACAGUUCCAGAACAGCUUUUCCUUCCAGAGAAGUGGGCAUCUGCGCCAGCCCCCCGUUCCAUUCGCAGCCACUGGUCUUGCGGAGCUUAUGGUCCUCCUGGUCUCCGCUUGUUAGAAGCGAGAUACUUCGGGGAUAAAUUCCAGAAGAUCCAACUGCCUCCGAUAACUCUGCUAGCGACCCUUGCGUACUUCGCCAGACAGAACUUUGAUAGGCUCGUAAUCCCCGACCAGUUGCCGCGAACUCGUCUUGAGGCCAACAGCCUCGGCUUGUCGGGUCCGACCCGGGAGGAUUUGGAAUACUUUGCAGAUCAUCGCACUUAUUGCUGUGGUCUGGAAUCACUUCGAUUUUGCGUAGCUGUUCGCGGCAUUGCGCCGCCUUACCUACCCGGUACGUUGACGGGGAGGUACAACGGUUCCUGCUUGAUCCCUGAUCGAUCGCAAUACGACAGAUGGAAAUCCUCGGCUAGCCCACCAUCCCCUUUGGAGCUUGAGGCAGUCAGUCGACGACCUUUCUAUGUAACCUUGCAGGAGCACGUUUGCUAUAACAUUGAUCAAGUCAUCCCCAAAGACGCUUCUGAGAACGGGAACAUGAAUGCGUGGCUUCCAAGCGGAUUUAAAUGGACGGAGACCGUGUGUUUCUCACAGAACGGGAUCAUGGCGUUUGACACGUCGGAAACAUUCAAGACCUUUUACCAAACGUACGAUGCAAGUUGCGCGCCCCAAAGGAAGAUAGUCGACGUUAUCGUGACAGGUAAAACUGAACCACGUCAUGCGGCUGCCUGGGGUGAUUUCAAUUUCAUUGGGCGCAUACGCCUAGCCGACGGCUUGAUCACCCUUAAGCGGAUAUCGGUUUCCAAUCUCGGUGACACCAUCCUGAGAGGAAAAUUAACUUCCACGCACAAUUUUGUUGGUCGAAUGAAGCCCGUGUCCACGGGCUUUGAGCCUUCUAUUUGGGAGGCUCCAUUCAGUCUGUCAAAAAUCCAUUCACGUCCUCUACUCUAACGCCGCUGGGUCUGUAAUAUGUUCCUGAUAUUUGUGUCGUCAUAAUUCCGUCCCGCUAAUUACUCCAAUAAACACUGUACUCCGUAAUCCUAUACAGGAUAUUCAAUAUAUCCCACUGUAUCAGUCUUUCU